AUCUAAACAAGUAAAAUUCUCCCCUUGCAAUUUAAUCAAUAAUAAAUCACCUAUAAUUGGAUAAGAGGAAACAAUUUUUGUUUUCUUUUAUCUUCAAUGGGUGCUGUUCAAUCUGUUCCACAAACAUCUAUACAUGAAUUUGUUGUAAAGGAUUGUAAGGGGAAGGAGGUUGACCUUAGCAUCUAUAAAGGAAAGGUUCUCCUUGUUGUUAAUGUUGCCACAAAAUGUGGGUUCACCAAUAUACAAUAUCCCCAAUUGACACAGCUUUACAAUAAGUACAAUGAUCAAGGUUUCGUAGUUUUGGCAUUUCCUUGCAAUCAAUUUCUAAUGCAAUCUCCAGGAUCAAGUGAAGACCAAAAAAAGGUUGCUUGUGAAAGAUUCAAAGCGGAGUAUCCCAUUUUCCGCAAGGUAUGUGUAAAUGGAAAAAAGACAGCCCCCGUAUAUAAAUACUUGAAAGCAAGUAGGGGAGGGACAAAAUGUGCAAAUCGUAUAAGGUGGAACUUCACAAAAUUUCUUAUCGACAGAGAUGGCAGAGUUAUCGGACGUUAUGGCUUAUUGACAGCCCCCCUCUCAAUUGAGGGAGAUAUUGUAAAUGCAUUAGGGCGGGAGAAAAUGCAAGUAAUUUACUAGUGAAAGGAGUUUGGGCUUUGGAGAUAAUUACUUAAAAUAGAUUAAUGAAGCUUUAUGUACUAUUUUUCAUCAUUUAUUGGAAGUGAUAUUUCCUCCAUUGUCUUCACUUAUUCAUCAAUCCAUUCAUAAUUUUCACACAGAAUUUUCUUGUUUAGACUUGUCAUGUAUAUUUGUUAAAUAAUUAAAAAUAAA